AGUCAAGUAAGGAACAGUUUGCCAGUACAAACAUUGCUGAAGAGCUGGUAAAACUCUUCAAGAAACAAAUAGACCAUGAUAAGAGGGAAAUGGUGUUUGAGGUUCUUGCUCCAUUGGCAGAAAAUGAUGCUAUUAAGCUGCAGCUGGUUGAAGCAGGCCUGGUAGAAUGUCUGCUAGAGAUUGUUCAGCAGAAAGUGGAUAGUGACAAAGAGGAGGAUAUUGCUGAGCUCAAAACCGCUUCAGAUCUAAUGGUUUUAUUACUUCUUGGAGAUGAAUCCAUGCAGAAAUUAUUUGAAGGAGGAAAAGGUAAUGUGUUUCAAAGGGUACUGUCUUGGAUUCCAUCAAAUAACCACCAGCUACAGCUUGCUGGAGCAUUGGCAAUUGCAAAUUUUGCCAGAAAUGAUGGAAAUUGUAUCCAUAUGGUAGACAAUGGAAUUGUAGAAAAACUUAUGGGUUUACUGGACAGACAUGUAGAAGAUGGAAACGUAACUGUGCAGCACGCGGCACUAAGUGCCCUCAGAAACCUAGCCAUUCCAGUUAUAAAUAAAGCAAAGAUGUUAUCAGCUGGCGUCACAGAGGCAGUUUUGAAAUUUCUUAAAUCUGAAAUGCCCCCGGUUCAGUUCAAACUCCUGGGAACAUUAAGAAUGUUAAUAGAUGCACAGGCAGAAGCUGCUGAACAACUGGGAGCGAAUGUUAAAUUAGUGGCGCGUCUGGUGGAAUGGUGCGAAGCCAAAGAUCACGCCGGUGUGAUGGGGGAGUCAAGCAGACUGCUCUCCGCCCUCAUAAGACACAGUAAAUCAAAAGAUGUAAUUAAAACCAUUGUACAAAGUGGUGGCAUCAAGCAUCUAGUUACCAUGGCAACUAGUGAACAUGUAAUAAUGCAGAAUGAAGCCCUUGUUGCUUUGGCACUAAUAGCAGCUUUAGAAUUGGGUAAGUACCCCAGUGACAAACUUAUUUUCUCCUAUUUUUAUCUUGGAUGAAAGGAAGCACAGGAG